AUGCGAAUCCCACCCAUCGACGUCCUCAUGAACUGGCCACGGCCAAACUACAUCAACCCGGUCGACCGUGGUCCCGGGCUGCUAAUCAUCGAAACGGCGUUCCUGGGACUCGCGCUGACGUGUCUGUGCCUGCGGAUGUACGUCAGGAUGUUCAUGAUCCGCCAGACGUGGUGGGACGACUGGCUCAUGUGCGCGGGAAUGGUGUUCUGCAUCGGCGUGACGAUCUGCGUGAUUCUAGCAACUGAAAUGUACGGUUGGAAUCUGCACGUUUGGGACAUACCUCUGUCGCUGAUCAGACAGAGCCGGCAGGUAGGCAAGCACAGCGAAGACCUCUUCGCCUUGGAGGCGUUUUAUGAAACUGACGACCCCCCCGAGCAGAUAUCCAUGGCGGCGCAGACCCUGUUCCUCUUCGCAUCCGGCCUCAGCAAGCUCUCGAUCCUCGCAAGCUACCUGAGGCUCGCGGCGCCCGGUACCUGGUUCCAGCGUCUCACCUGGGCGACCGGGUGCCUCGUGUUCACCCUGACGUGGGUGUUUCUCAUCGUCCUGUGGACUCAGUGCAUGCCCAUCUGGCACUACUGGACGCUUUUCGCCGACUGGGGCAACUGCAUCCCGGAGUGGCCGCCGCUCGCGGGCCAGGGCAUCACGAACGUGCUGACCGACGUCGCCGUCUACCUCCUCCCGAUGCCCACCCUGUUCCGGCUGCGGAUGCCGCUGGGUCAGCGCAUAAGUCUGGUCGUCCUUUUCGGCCUCGGGACGGUGGUCGUCGUCGCGGGUGUCAUGCGGACGUACUGGGUCCUGCAGGUCGAGAUCCGCUACGCUGUCGACCCGGCGUACGACCUCACCUGGGACGGGUUCAACAUCUGGGUCUGGACGGCCCUCGAGGUGAACCUCGCCAUCGUCUGCGGCUGCGCCCCGGCACUCAGGCGGCUGUUCACCGGCGGGAAGCAGGAGAAUACGCGACCGGCGCAGGGCUCCGUGCCGACUAUUGGGUGCUGGGGGCAGAAGUGGAAGAAGGGGGCCCAAGAGACACAGCAAGGGAACGACGAGGAGGAAUACCGGCUUGCAAUGGUUCAGACCCGGAGCAUGUGUACAAAGGAAUCAUCAAUCACGAAGCUAGUCUGA